AUAAGACCCGGCUGCAGGCGAGCUGUGCACGCGCUGCGGAGCGAGAGGCUGGUUUUGUGGUGGGUGCACGCAGCAGCAGCGACAAGGACAUGGCUUCUGGUAAGGCUCACAUUGGCAAGCCAGCCCCCAGCUUCCACGCCACGGCCGUGGUGGACGGAGCCUUCAAAGAGAUCAAACUCUCUGACUACAGAGGCAAGUACGUGGUGCUGUUCUUCUACCCGCUGGACUUCACCUUCGUCUGCCCCACCGAGAUCAUCGCCUUCAGCGAGUGCGCCGAGGAUUUCCGCAAGCUGCGCUGUGAGGUCCUGGGGGCCUCCGUGGACUCGCACUUCACCCACCUGGCCUGGGUCGACACCCCACGGAAAGAGGGGGGUCUGGGCACCAUAAACAUCCCUCUGCUGUCGGAUCUCACCCGCAGCAUGGCCACCGACUACGGGGUGCUGAAGGAGGAUGAGGGAAUCACCUACAGGGGCCUGUUUAUCAUUGAUGACAAGGGUGUCCUGCGGCAGAUCACGGUCAACGACCUGCCGGUGGGGCGCUCGGUGGAGGAGGUGCUGCGUCUGGUGCAGGCAUUCCAGUACACGGACACGCACGGGGAAGGUGAGGCUGGGCCCAGCCUGUGCUGGGGGGAGCUCUCGGGGUGA